ACUGUCACUGUCUUGUAUCAGACGGGAGGUUACCAAAAAGAACUUACGGUCAAGCUUUAGGUCUGAGACCAUCGAAUUUCUCGUUCCUUGAAUGCAUUUCUCAACAUAGACUUUUUCAUCUCUUCUGUUUCUAGUUUGUUUUAUCUUUUUCUCUUUCUUGUCUCUUCUCCAUUCUUCGGAUCCAAUUCCUACCCGACCGCCCCCGUCCGUCUCCUCAUUAACUGCUACUACGACUGUGACAGCGCUGCAACUGGCACUGCAACUGCUCACGCGUCGUCUCGUCAAAACCGCCACCCAAGACCGUCCGUCGGACUCACCGACAUCGAUCCUUCAACUCAAAACUCUCUUCUUUCACCAGCAAAAUCAUCACGAGAUCGUCCAAGCUUCUCGGAGAAUCACAGACUGUAAACCCCCUAUGUGAUCCUCUCUCUCUACGCUUAUCAAUUCCCAACAAAACCCACCCCCCCCGGCUCAGGUCGAUGAGCAUGUCCCAUGGCCUUUUGGGUGGUUGACGGGGGUCGUCCGCUUGGUGUUACCGCUACUGUUGCCGCUACCGCUACUGCUACUGGCCGGGGUCCGUACUAUGUGGGUGGUAAAAGGCGAGUGAGCGUCUCCGAAGGCGGCGAUGGCUUCACUUUUGAUACCAAAAGAACCAGGUUCGCCGAUGAGCUUCCUUAUGACGCCUACGACAAUGCACCCAUCUCUGCAGCUGUGGCUGCACCAAGUGGCUAUGCUUCGUCAGAUCAUGCAUCGCCUUAUUACCCACAACCACAACCGGCAUUCCAUUCUGGAGUUCACAUUAUCAACAAAGCAUAUCCGCACAAUCAACCCUUUGAUCAUGAGGACGAAUUCUUAUACAACGAAGCCAUUGAAAAUUACCCUCCAUUGAUCCAUCGGCCUGACUCAGCUCCCGUCAAGAACCUCUCAUUUCUCGUCAUUCGCGAACGUUCACCAACCCCAGAAGGACCCGAUUUCCCCUCUAUCGAUGCCGCCUUCGGUCCAGCUCCCGAAUCCCGGCCGGGACCUGUAUUCGGCCCUUCCGGUCCAGCUCCGGCACCCGCUCCCGUCGCCGAUGCAUGCGCUAUGGAACGCACAGCAUCUGGUCUUUCCAUCUCAUCUGAUACUACUCAACCAUCGCUCGCCAGUCUAUCACCCGCUGCCGACGAAAACGACCCAGGAUUGCUGAGUGACCUCGCUGCCGCACGUUUAGUCCGUGAUCACGUUGCCAACUUUGGUUCCAGUCGUCGAAGACAUCGCACCACCGACUCUCGCCACGGCCGUAUCCUCAGAGCGCUCAUCAACCCAAAGUCUCGCGCAGCCGAAUUCUCCUUGGACAACGACGCAUUGCGUAGCAUCUUCUCUGCCGCAAACGAACUCUUCUUCUGUAACCGUCUUGCUGGUCGUGUCGCAUGGGACUGGAGUCACCCUGCAAGCGCGCAGUAUCAGGCGCACAUUGUUGGCACCACAGCGGUACGACGUUCCCGUGAUGGAGGCUACGAGACACUCAUUGUACUUUCAUCGCCUAUCCUCCAGGAUACAAAGUACAACCGGCGGCUUCUCAUCUCGACAUUCUUACACGAGAUGAUCCACAGCUAUCUCUUUGUGGUAUGUGGUCUCAAAGCCCGCCACGAAGGCGGUCAUACCGAGGGUUUCCGCCAGAUUGCAGAUACGAUCGACCGCUGGGUUGGACAUAGCUACCUGCGACUCAGUGAGAUGGACGCUGAUCUGGAACAUUUCCGCGAACAUCCCUCCUGCGUACAUGAUCAACACCAGGUGCGCAGUCGAAGUGCAGACGAGCACCACAGGGUGCCAUGGCGCAGUGAGAGAUGGGAGGAUGGAGAGCGGGAUGCUCACUAUCCAACCGAGCUUCAUCCACGACCGCAUCCCAAUCAUACAGAUUGGGAGCGACAUGGGCGAGAGGGGUACAGAGCCCCCGAUGUCCGGAGAGGAAUCUCACCAUACGUUUACUAAGCGUGGAGGUGACCCUCGAAGGUCGCCCACGUAUUGUUCGUUUAGUCAGGUAUGCGUCUCAAAUGACCGCAAUGCUGAUAUUAUAUGUCAUGAUGAUCAUGACUAUCC